AUGUUCACUCUUACCACAGUCGACAGGAUCCCGCUUUCUCGAAGCAAACUUGAUAGAUGUUCUGACAGAUUAACGUCGCUAUCUAUCUUCUUCACCACAUUCGAUACUAUUAAUAUGUGGGGUUUGACCAGCCUGUUUUCGCGGUCGACUCAGCAACCAGAAGCCACACAAGCGAAACCAGAAGACAUCCAGCCGAAUAAUGUCGACAUCGAAACAGACUCGGCGCAGUCAACGCCAAAAGCUUCCGCGACGGUUUCGGUAGUGCAGGUGCCUGAGCUGAAUCUACACGAGGCCGACAAGUCCUCUGAAGUAACAAGGCAAAAUGCUGCUCCGACGAUAGCCUCGCCGAGUACGAAUAGCGCCUCUCUCAUGCCUCCUCCGUCUAUACCCCGACCUACCACUUCAACAAAUACACAGCAAAGAAGACCACCAACCCUCAAACCUACCGGUCAAGGCCUCCUCUCACCUCCAAAACUAAACGCAUCCGCACUCCGCCCACCGCCCUCCACCGCCGCAACCCUCCGAAACCCAGUGACAGCCAACAAUAACAACAACAACAACCUAACAACCAGCACCCUCGCCCCCUCGCAACGACCAUCUCGCAAAGUAAUCCUCGGACCAGGCCAUUCGCCGCUAGACUGGGCCACCCUAACCAAAGACCCGCGCAACAAUCUUCGCGGCGCAAACCUGCCGCCCACACUUAUCAAAGUCACGCCUUCCAUGCUCAAGACACAAAACGGGCGCAAGGGUACAGAUGCGUGGACAUCGUAUAACGGGAAAGUGUAUAAUAUCACACCUUAUGUCUCUUUCCAUCCCGGUGGGAAGGGCGAGUUGCUACGCGGUGCGGGCAAGGAUUCGGGAAAACUGUUUCUUGAGACGCAUCCGUGGGUGAAUUGGGAUGGGAUAUUGGGGGAAUGUCUUGUGGGAAUACUAGUUUCGGAGAAUGAGGGACUUCAAGAAAAGAAUGAGUUGGAUGUGAUGGAUUAG